AUGGCCCCAGCACUGAAUGCGCGCCAGCUGAAAGAACCGAACUCUUUGGAUCCACUCGACAGUUGGCACAGUCCACUUUGGAUACCGUAUUCAGCGUAUGAGGAGAAAGGGCCGGAUACCCUCGCUUCCACUGGCUUGGAAGCUCUAAUUCUAAAGCGGAAAGAUGCAAAGCAGGAAAAAGCAAUUUGGGGGCUAGUGUUGCGUGAUGGCAUUCUCAAGUGCAUCGUACAGGACUCGAGUUCGAGACUCGGAGAAGGUUGCGUCAGCGAGAAUCUUAUUCACCAGUCCAAGUAUCUAGCGGUAGCAAUAACCUUAGGAAAUUAUCCGUCAGACCAGGAGUCAAAAAUAGUGCCGCACAAAAACUUUGACGUGUGCAAGACCGGUCUCACCUUUUGCUCUGGUCCCGGAAAGGGGAAACGUGGAAAACACCGCGUAGCCAAAUUCAUAUUUAGGUCCGCUGCCGAGAUAUUUUGCGGGACAGGAGAGUCGGAUGACUCGUUAUUUUCCUCUCCCGCCAAAUGA